AGUUUAGAAGAGAAAAACACAAACCUUAUCUUUUACUUAUCUGGUACAAUCUCAAUGAGCACCAUCUGCCCACAUAGCUUUUAAACCUAUCUCCCAUUUCUUUCUUUCCUUUCUCCCUUGAAAUCUCUCAACAUUUUUACCAUCAAAACCCAUCUCACCACAGAGUCUCGAACCCCGCCACCAUGGCCGCCUCUGCCGCCAUAAGCUCCUCCUUCUCCACGUCAAUGCAGAGCCUCAACUGCAUCCGCUCCAAGAACUCGUCUCACCUCUCUGAUCAUCUCAGGCUGGCCACUUUCAAGCCGCAAGUGUCACCUAUUUCUCACUCACUUUUUAUUGAGCCUGUGAUCAUCAUUGCUGCUACAAAGGGCCAUGCACGUAGGUCUAUGACAGCAGCAGUGGCGCAGGAGCAGGCUGCGUUAACGGCUGAUACUGAGGAUGUGGAGGCAGAGGUGGUAUUAAAGGCUGAGGAUGAGGUAGUGAAUGAUGAAGUGGAAUCGGAGGGAGAACAAGUGAUGAGUAGCGGAGAAGAUAGUCCUGUAAACACUAAGCUGUACUUUGGAAACUUACCUUAUCUUUGUGACAGUGCUCAGCUUGCUGGAAUUAUUCAAGAUUAUGGUAGCCCUGAGCUAGUUGAGGUUCUUUAUAACAGAGACACCGGAAAGAGCAGAGGAUUCGCAUUUGUUACAAUGAGUACUGUUGAAGAUUGCCAGGCAGUCAUAGACAAUCUCGAUGGAAGUGUAUAUGGAGGGCGAACAUUGAGGGUAAAUUUUGCAGACAAACCAAAACCAAAAGAGCCUUUAUACCCAGAAACAGAACAUAAACUUUUUAUCGGCAACUUAUCAUGGACAGUUACAUCUGAAAGUUUGACCCAAGCUUUUCGACAGUAUGGGAACGUAGUUGGAGGCAGAGUUCUAUUUGAUGGAGACACUGGAAGGUCCCGUGGCUAUGGUUUCGUAUGCUUCCCCUCUAAAGCAGAGAUGGAAACAGCCCUACAGUCACUGGAUGGAGCGGAACUGGAAGGACGAGCAAUGCGUGUAAGCCUAGCUCAAGGAAAGCGAGAAUAAGGUGAAAAGAUUCAUGAGAUUUAUGUAAGAAGAGUUGAAGAUUGGUGGUUGCAAGCACUCAACAAACGAAGAUGAUCAGUUAGCUGCACUCUGCACAUGUAUCAGCAGAUUAUGAUUAUAUCAUACCAGGCCCUUUCUAACUUAUUGUACAUACACCUCAUUGCCCAUUUUCCAGUGUACAAUUUAAGCUCUAGAGUUUGCCUAUGAAUGUGGCAUUUCUUCUAAACACAAACAUUGAUUUGAUAGUGAAACAACUUGUCUUCCUCUUUUGUA